GCUAAUACUUCUUGUUCUACCUAGUGAAUGUUCAAAAAAAUAACACCUAUGUGAACGUCAUGAGCACAAGAACCCGUUGUGUCCCCCUUGGUCUACCUCUUUCCCCGCCGACUUUAUGAAACACUGCGACGCCCUUUGGCAGUCUGCACUGAACUUUGUGCGACGAGAUUAGCUGUAUCUAUGUGUAUACUAGCUGAGCCUCCUAAUGAAAUAAUAAGACGCCACUAUGCUUGUGUUACAGAGGUGGGCGACAUGAUCCUGAAGAUGUGAACGUGGUUGAUCCCCUUUGCACAACUAGUAGUUUACGAUAUUCAUACUACUACCACAUAAACCUCUACAUGAUGAAAUACCAAGAAUCAAAAGCAAUAUCACGUUCAUGGCGUCGUUCAUCUGAUUCUGCUAACCACGCACCUGGUUCCAUCAGGACCGCGGACCGGUCAUGCUUUCCAAGAAUUGGUGCGGUCGUCGUGGUCUACAUGCAUUAAAAGGUUCAUUUUGGCGUCCGUAAUUAUGAACAACGAUCGCCGCGCGACCAAGAGCAAGAGUUGUUCCAUCAGCGACGACGUCCCCUAGCAACAUCAUUACUACUUGCGGAAGCCGCUCCUGAACAACAUGUUGAAGAUGUUGCACUGGAACAAUAAUAUGUACAGCUUUGUUCGGAGGCUUUCUCUCAUGUUGCUCCUUGGCAACUUGGAGGGUGUCUUAGGUGGAGCAACCUCUCCGUUCGACCCUGAGUGUUUUCAAGCACGUUGUUUGAAUCCAGCAGCAUUUAGUAGUCCACUCACACGGGGGUCUUCAUCAGGUGCAGUGGCCUUUCCAAGUUCUACUAGUUCGGAACCAAGUACGACUGGUCACUCUGACACUGACUUUCCAGAAGCUUCACAUUACAGAGACUGCUUUGAUAGCGUGAAUUCAGCUGGAAGCGCAGUUAAGGCUUGAGGAAAUCCAUCUUCCAAGCAUCUUUUUCCCGUUUAUUUUGAAGAGAAAACGGACACCAAGAAGAUGCUCGCCAGGACGAUGAAUGAUCUCUGCAAGAAGUUCUAACGGUGGAGGAAGCUCCUUGAUGAUAAAGGUAACGGCUGCUUUGAAGGAGAGUUGUUGUCCGGUUAUGCGUGAGUUGGGUUUUUGUUUUGUCACUGAAUGCCUCAUCGGGAAUCGGACGACUCAGUAUGUGUUACCCUCCAUGCGCUAUCAAAGUCAAGAGUACGGCAUCGGCUUGCUAUAUGACUCUGCUUCUCCAGUCAGGGAUUUGAUGCUGCCGAGAGGAACAGGCCACACGACAGGAACACACGACGCAGCGUCAUUGUUUGCAAAUGUGUCCUCUAGAAGUAAAGCGAGUGGAGCAGAAACGGAACCUCCAGAUGGAGGAGGUCAAGAGACUGGCGGUGAUCAACAACAAGAGCCGUUUCCUCGUCAUCGUCAUCGAACUUUAACGACUACAAACAACAAUGCAGAUAAAGAAUAUCUUCGCUUCGAUCCUUUGGCUACGGAGUGGGCCUGCGGUUUUAACCUUGGAAAUCUGAAUGAGCACAGUAGAAUCGCGUUUUCACUGCAGUUCAACACAGAUGCAGAUGGUGGCGCAGCUAGCGAAGAGGCUGUUCGAAGUAAGCUGGCUAGCUCGUGGGCGAAUGAGCUGCGGAGUGCUUUGAUGUCUUUUACGGAAAUUAUGCUGGACGAGAAGUGGUCUGUUCUUUUGGAGAUAAUUUUUGCCCACUGCUGGAGCAACUGGGUCCUCGUGGUCUAGUUCCAUCCUAGCUAGAAGAUAAUGAUUUAAAAAAUUGAGGAAAAAUAUAAUAAAAAAAUUAUAUGAAGAACAUAGAUGCUGUCAUGAACAAGAACAGCCCGUCCACCGCCACCUCUAAUAAGAACCAACAACAAAACGCUAACGCAUCUCCUCCAGAAAAUUCACCUCCAGUUUACGAUUCCACGACAGUGAAGUCGUUCGCUGAUUUUUUUCCGUCCGAUAUGCAAUUUGGAACGUCCUUGCAGUGGACAUUGCGCAGCAUAGAUUCCACGGAUCCUGGCAAAGUAAAUUCGUGGGUGAUUGAUAAUUAUGACCUGUACAUCGUGAUCAUUAUGGUUUUCAUUUUCUGUCGUCGUUUGUCCUUUCUUUGGUCUACAUGUAUGACCUCCACCUUCUUGACCAGCACCAUUAAUAGAAGUAACACAUCAACAAGCGUGUUGCUGAAAAGCAGGAGGUCUUCAUCUAUUCAUCGUCGCCAGCACGUCUUCUAAGUUACCGAAGUGAAUUUCACCCGCAACGCUUACGAGCAAUGGCACCGUGCUGCGUAUCCUCUGGCGAAGAAAAUCACCGAUUUGCUCAAUGCAGCUUGCAAGUCUCCUUCUUCUGAUCCAGAACAACAGGAUAUGAGCUCUUCUUGUCCCCUCUUUUCUGCGAUUUCUAGUGCCAUUGGCGGAGUUUCAGGAGCAAUAUCUCUGGUCGUGACUUGGACUUCCAGCACGGCCUCGUCCAGCACCAGCAGCGCUUCAAUACGUUUGCAUCGCUCUUUGCUCGCCUCAGAAGGCGAACCGUUACCCAGUUGUGAAAGCGACGUGUGCAUGAAUUCGCUCCCUUCGCCAGAGAAACAACAGGAACGCACUACGCAUACAGGCUUCGGACCGUUCCAAAGAGGGUCGGGACCCGCUGACUACCAACCAGGAACACAGUCGUUUGAGAGCUGCUUUGUCACUGCUAGGAAGAACGUUGGAGACCCAAAAAAUGUUCAAGGAGUUGUACCAGAUGAUCCUGAACUGGAAGUUUCCGAUUUCUAUUCCUGUUGUCAAUGGGACGAACAAGCAGAUCCUUUUGUAGCGAAUGCUUUUUCUACUUCCGGUUCGCGCGGCUCGAAGUUGCGGGAAUUUCAGGUGUGCCGUUCAGAAAUUUGCGGUCUAGAUAUGAACCGAGAAGCUGCUAAAAGCAGAAUUGUGGACAGAACAGAGUUCAUCGCAUGGGUAGCGGAGAAGAGUAACGGCACAAGGUGGUAUAAUUAAGGCAACAAGAAAACAAGAAAUCAAGUUGUACGAGCACGAGCUAGCAGAUAAGACUCUUCGUCUUCUAAUCCCACAUGUCUGACGGAAGCGCGUACGAUAAACAUGCGCGUGCCAUAGACCGGGAUUGCCACGUAAACGAAACAGAGAUCGAAGAUGAGGGAUAUCUGCAGUACUAAUAUUCUUCUGAUUGACAUUGAAACUUGAUGUCACGAAAAACGCUCACACGUUUUACCUAAGACAUACAAGCGGCUCCUGUGUAGCUUUACAUAAGCUGGCGUUGUUGUAUUUUGCCGCAUCAAGUUUCAUAACACGACCCCAAACUACAACUCUCGUUCCCACACCACUAACAUCCCCACCACCACAUCCCUCAGCUUGCAGUUUUCGCUUCUUUUCGUCCGUCGCUGUGCUUCUUCCAAUAGAGAUUGCAGUAUUUUGACGGAGCUGAAGCCUGAAGAGGACCGGGUUCUUCAGGAAGCGGCCAUACGUGGUCUCAGAAAUGGACUGAAAGUUAUGCUUUGGUGGAUACUACUACAACUUCGUUCUGGUGUCACUAAAAAGGUUAUUAGUAUUAAAUCUACUGAGAAGUCAAACUCAAAGUCGUUGUUCUUCUCGUUGAUAUGAACAAAUUGAGUGGGUUAGCGAUAUUUAUCGUCUAUUCAGCAUAUUAGAGGGGUCCUCUAGUACGUAUCUUCUUCUCUAAAAAGUACUUCCGGCGGCUGCAAUUUGGAAAUUUGCCUAGUUUAGACGCCUCUAUCGACAAUGCGGAGAUUCAAAUCCGAGACACUGUCCUCACAUCAACCGAGUGGGUUAUGGUACAACAGGGUGACGCUCCAACUGUUAUGGUGGGCGAGCAAAGAAUAGAUUUUUUGAAGAAGGUUGAAAGUACAAAAACUUGUGUAAUGAACGGCCCGCUACGUUUGAAUGGCUAAAAAAGAGGUUCCAUGACAUGACAUACCUUGUUCUAACUCCAGAGGAGCCGCACCAGCACAAGAAGAAGAGCGUGAGGGUAAGCGUGUGAAAUUCACUGUAGGUCUCUGGUUCGACGAAUGGUCUACCCUGGAAAUGCUUACACGCGCGUACACAACGCAUGGAACAGGAGGCAUUGACGAGAUGAAGUGGGAUAUGACGUAAGAAUUUUCUUCUCCGUACAGAUUUUUUUGCAUUGAUUAUUCUUCAAGAAUGUGCUCUCGUGUUUCGAAGAGAACCGCUAGGUUGAUUACCACAUGCUAGUUGCUGCACUGAUUUUUUCAAGAAGAAGAAUGACAGGAGCCAUGAAAUCAUCAACUAAGCUUGCUCGCUGAACUACAUCUUCACUACAACAUCAGAUGUCAAUCAUUUGUAUCUUCUCCCUCACCUUCAUCUUCACUACAGCACUCCCGAACGCAACACGUUUUACCUGAAUGCGAUGCAAGGUGUUUUCAAUGCAGCCAGCACUGGGACGACCGGUGAUAAGAACGAUCAAGACAACAACGCCGACAGCCAUGAUGUCAUGAAUCCAGUACACGAGUUGAAUUUUGAAUAUCAUCAUCAGGCUCGUCACGAAUCAGAUCCAAAAAAUCAGGGAGCUGGUUCCUUGACGUCUGAAUCUGUGCGUCAACGCCGUUUCCUUUACGAGUCAGAAUCGGAUAAAUGCUUGAUGCGACAUUGUUCUGCGUUUGUUGGAGGUUCAGCUGCUGUAUCUGGUACAACUGUACUAGAUGACGAGCCUGACAUGAUGGAUCGUUUACGAGAUGCUGGCUUUCGGCGGAAUCUCUUGAGCUUAUUGGAACCACAUAAUUUUGCUAAUGAGAAGACGUUUGGUGGACCAAGUGGAGGCACAACAGGAGGUGAGGGCCAAUCUUCAGCAGCCCUAACUGGAAACAAAGACAGCGCUGUCUCGGAAUUGAACAAAAUUCGUUUUGACCAAACAGGUUGUUUUGAGAAGGACGACUAUCAAAACACGAUCAGGAUAGAGUCGGAGUGCUGUCCCGGAUGGCAAGCGCUUGCUUAUUGCAUCGAACAACAUUGUGCGGAUUCGUAUGAGGUCCAGAAAAGCGGGUAUGGAGGAUCUGUAGAUGGGAAAUCGCCUCCCAUCUUCGUGGACUGGAGCAAUACUGUUCGACCAGCAGUGCAACAACAAUGUGGGUUGGACACGACUGUAGCGCAUAACAAGAUGAAAUCUGCUUCUACUCCUACUGCUUUUACUGGUAGUGCAACAACUUCUUCGGGAGAACAACAACAUGAUCCGCAGGCGCGUGUCUGGCUUGGAUUUCGCGAACAAUACUAUUGGGGCACGGAUAACCCGCCAUAUCCAAGUGGGGAUCCAGGUGACUACUUCAGAAUCGAUUUUCUGAAACUGUACCGAGACGAACUACGAUUGGAGCAUGGUGUCUCGUUUCCAGACUUGUACAUCCGCGAGCUCGAUGCUCACGUGCCGAAAGCGCCUGGACGUCGCUGUGAUCCGCAGACUGGCUACGGGGUAGCAGAACCGCACGAGGGGGACCAGCAAAGGGGAGACUUGUGUAGACCAGGAGAGGCUGGAACCGGCGAAGCUGAUAUGAGCGAAGAUUUUCGGCGUAGACUAAAGGAUCGUGUGGUCGAAGCAAGAGAUAUUUCUGCACCAUCCUCCAAAUUAAGGAGACACCAGAAAAGGAGACACCAGAUGAAAGCUAGGAGAUCUUUGCCGACUGUAACUUUUUCUGCUAAAAGAAAGAACAUCAGAAAAGCGCUGGUGUCUUUCGUCCAGCAGUCUCCUGAACAACGAAAGCUGGGAACAGCGACAACGGGCGAAGGUCACCCUGGUGACUAUGCCUGUCCGAGUAAUUGCGUUGCUGUCGAUGAAGCGCCAUGGUGCGUCAACGCCUACGACUUCCCAUGUCGAUUCACAGAACGUACUCUACUUUGCUAUUUCGGUCUUGGUACUAGACAUAGAGAUUAUUAAGAUAAUGCAUGAUAAUACUACAUAGAUUUGUCUUUCAGAGAUGAAUGGUUGAUUGAACUCGUCGGUCAUUUGAUCGAAACCGUUCAAAAAAUCCUCCUUCAAACCAUCACCCUCACGACAGCGCCCAUUACCCCAGACGGCGCUGCCACGGGAAAGGGGAAGCCUUACGACGUGCUGUUUGACAUCGAGUAUGUCCUCGGUCCCUUCGAGGAUGAUGCUGCUGCAAAUCGCACUAUUUCCGCAUCACGAGUACCCAACUUGGCAACAACUGGCCUGCCUUUGCCAAAAGCGAGAACCAUCCAAGGCUGGCGGACGAAUUCUAUGUGGCAAUUUAGUCCCUCUGGUUCGCGAUUAGAGGCUGCCUUUCGCCUCAGAGAAGUGGCAGCGUACAAACCGACUCGCUUCGAACAACACUGCGUUCUGAAUGCGACGAAUUUUGUGGGAACAAGCUUCGCUGAAAAUCUACGAGGUGGUGCGAGUACACAGGAGAGUGUGAAAGUUAUGGGAUGAUGGAAUCGAAACAACAAACUGAAGUCUGCUGGUUGUAGUUUGUACUUCUUAGCACGUCCUACAGUGUGUGUGUGUGUGAUCAUCUUCACGACGCGAGAAAUAUGAGGAUUUUUCUACUGCUUCAGUAUCAGUCCUGUCUUCUAAGCAAAGCCCCCUUGAAUUCUACCAUAACGAUUGCUGGAGCGAGGUCACCGCUAUCGACCAAGAAGAUGGCGCUGAAGAAAGAAUGCGCUUCGAAGCCAAGUGUUGUCCCGCAGUCACGCAUUUUGGUACCUGUCAAGCGGAAUUGCCGAUGAGCGAUCGUUUGGCAGUAUUAUGGCGAUAAUCAUGGCGGAUGUCACAUUAGCACUCCUUUAUUUCCGUUUGGAACUCGUCAGGAGUUUCAUGACCAACUAUCUUCACGGUCCCUCCCCAUCCUCUAACAACCUGGCAAAAAGAAGCGAUCGAACAUUCCUGCCACUACAGUCUAGAUCACAAGAGACUGAAAGCACGCUUCAAAGGUGGCGAUAUCCGUGUCCACAUAAUGGAGCCUUUCUCGGCAGAAGAUGCUGCAAAUAGCAAUACGGAUUUUCAAGUGGCAAUCCACGAAGCGUUGAUCGAUACUCUGCGCAGUUCUUCGGAACUCAUGGGAGGUCAAAUGUGGAAUGCCGGAACUGUGGGGAGUGCUUGUGGAAACCCACAACAAGGGAGUGCUGCUGGAGGUGGAGAAGGAGUCAAAGCAGUCAACGUGACCUCUCUCCUCACGUUGAGUCGUCCUUGUCCCAGCUGCAUGGUUGAACUUUACCUGAAUUACACUCUCGAAUCUCUCCACCCAGACGCAACACAAACCUUCCGAACCUUCAACCAACGUUAUGCCGGAAUCGGCAAGAAAGAAUACUCGACUUGGUGGCUGAAUGACAUGAAAGCGAGGUUAACCGAUCAUCCGCGAAUGGCGGAAUAUAGAGGGAUGGUGGAUACGUUACAAGUCCCUGAGGAAUAUGUGAUGCCAGAGGCCAAUUCCGCUGGAGGCAUGACCGUUGGCCGCUAUUGGACAGUGCAAACAGAAAUUACUGACCUGCUGUCAACUCCCUCGUCGCGAUGUUUCUACGCUCACUGUGAAGGAGUCUUGCGUGAUGUGGCGAUGCCACGGAUGCCUGUGUCGACCUUUGAUGCUGGCAGUGCCUGGAGGUACAGAGUAUGGGAGAAUUGUGUGCAUAUGCGAGACUCUUGGGAUGACCGUGACCCUCAAGGAACACACCGAAUGUCCUUUAACUUUCAUUACGGCGGUUUGUAGUUCUUCUCUUUCACCUUCACGUGAACGACAACGAUUUUCCUCUGUUCUUGUUGACCUCUUCUUCUUCUAAGCUCAGCCUCAGUGUUGUGAAUUCGUUUCGCCGAUUGUGUCCUGUCUCCGGGAACACUGCCCUCAUUACAAGGAUGACGACCCGCGAUAUCGGUUGUUUGCUGAGAGUGGUCGGGAAAGACGAAUCGAGUUUCCACCACCUAGACAAGCAGAACAUCACCACGAAUCGUCGUCAUCACAGGAGCAGAACAGCAGAUCAUUGCAACAAGUUGAGGAGUCAUCGUCUCCUUUUAAGGCUGCUCAACAUCUUGACUAGAUUAUUAGGAGUAUUUUUAGAGAACGAAGAGGAAGUGGUCAAAGUCGUACGCUACAUUGACUAAAUACAUUUUUUUACAACUACAUGAGUGACUCAGUCUGCGUCCAUCUUCAGCCCUCUAAUCCAUCUCCUCUACGUCCUCCAUCUGGAACUCUCUAAUCCAUCUCCACCUCCCGGCGAUGCAUCUUCCUCUUCCUCUUCCUCUCCCGCGCCUCCAUCUGGAACUACAAACAUCUUUAUCGUACGAAUGAUCUCGAAUCCUUUUUUCUCUGUUCCAGACCACUUAGCACACGUGGAACAGAGCUGUGGGCUCAACCUUGCUUCUGGCAUAGCGGAGUCUCGUUUCUGGCUUGCAGGAGAGCAAGUUUUAGAGCUGGAUCAACGCGGCUGGAUGGUAGGCGCUUUCGGGAAUGCGCAGAGGGAUCCCUAUGCACUGGAACCGAAUUCCAUUUACCCGAUGGGCUUGAACGAAAGUAACCGUACAGGCAGUCUGGCUUCCCGUAUACCAGACGCAUCGCCGGGAGAGGACGUCGAGAGUGACCGCUUUUACCGCUUUUUCCUACACAGGUGGAUGGAACAGACGUUGCAAAAUGCAGGAGUGGUUGAGGACUUUGCACCGUCGCCUAUUUUGAAAGACAAGAUGAACAUCCUCUACGAAGAUGCAGAUAUCGCAGCACCAGUGCAGGUGGUGAUUCCUUUCCCGUUCGCGGCUGCGCAUGGGAAUACAACUUCCAAAACAACUGCUGCCGCUGCACCGUUUGAAAUUCGCAACACUUCGUUGAUGGACGAGUCAUGGCUUCACAUGUCUAGAGAAUACGCUAGGCAAAUGUCUCAGAGUUCUGGCAGUCAGGACCAAAUGCCCCCAGCGUCUUGGUGGUCUCCAUACGAACAGCGCACGGAUGUGUACUUCAACCUCUCAAUCCCGUUUCGGAUUGGUCCAUUCGCCUCAGCGCAAGCAGCACAGGAAUUUCAAAGUAGUACACUGCUUCAGCGCUUACCGCAAUUCGGCUCGUUUGGCUUUGUAGGGAGUAAAAGUGGGACGAUUCCCUCUUCGCAAGGACAAGAUGAAGGUGUGAAUAGUGCCGGUCCUGACAAGAGACGUAGAAGACGAUCUUUAUCAUCAUCAACAUCUUCGCACACUUCUACGUCUUUCAACAACCUCUUCCGUCUCCACUGGCGCAACGCGUUCAUGCUGAAUCUGCGCUUCAUAUCGGAGAAAGCUCCAGAAAGGCUAAGUUGUGGUGCUCGCCAUUGCGUUAGCGAACAGUCCGAAGCUGUCUUGGCCUACCAUCGGUUCGCGCACAUUCCUCUGCAGGACUACCGACAGUGCUUUAGUGGCGACGAACGCGACUUAGCUGCAGGUCGCAGUCAAUAUGCAGCAACAGCAAACUCAGAUCCGAAACUAAGUUUCGACCCUAGCUGUUGUGAGCGGCAUCGCAUCCCCUACGUGGCUCAGUGCGUCGCACACCGAUGUCUGCGGUCUGGAGAUAGCGCAGAUCAUGCUUUUAUCGAGCAGAAAGCCAUAGAGGUCAGCUGUACUGCGCCACCAGUGAAUCCGUUCCAGGACCUAGAAGGGCCAGUGAAAAUCGCUCUGACAGCAACGUUUCAGUUAGAAGAAGAAGAGCAAGCUGGAUCUUCUGGUCUUACAGAAGACUUCAUAAAAACCUUUUUGAUGCCUCAAGGACAGGCGGAAACCGCUGCACGGAGGACAGUGUUGGCUACUUUAGAGGAGUAUCACCCGGAACUUGUAGUUUUAGAUGGUGAUUCAGCAACUAGUACUGCUUCAGCCAUUUCAUCAACAGCACAACGAUUCAUCUCAGGCGACGCUUCAACACAACUUUUCACUCGAUUCGUAGUGGCAGAAGAUAAAAAUGAAGAAUAUGAUCCAUACGCAUACAGCAGUCCAUCUCCUUCUCCUUCAUCAACAACGACGAACAAGGCCCUCAACAUAACCCUCUACGCUGAACUCCGAAACUACUGGGGUCCGGGUUAUUCGUACCACCUCUCGCCACGUCGCGUACGACCGAGAUUCGAAGAGGCAUUGCAAAACCAUCUGGGGUCAGCGAUUCAGUUGUUGUCACAGGGGAAAGUACUUCUUAGUCAACACUCUUCUCCCUCAACAGGUGGAGCCUCUGCUUCAACUUCAUCAGGAGAAUCUCAAUCUGCAUCUACUUUCCGCUUUUUCUCCAUGCCAGAUGGCGAUGGCUUGCGACUUCCUGGUCGCUCUGAGAGCUUCAUGCAAUGUUUCAUGCGAUCCUGUGACACCACGACGCGCUAUCGAGAACUUAGCGCACCUCACGGGUACGAUCUGGGUAGUUGCAUGAAUCCUGACCCUGAGGCUUUCAAUACGGAAACUUGUUGUCCGGUGUUUAAGAGACUGGGAGGGUGCGCUUUGAGUCGAUGCGCCAGCGUGGACCCUAUGCAAUUCGAGCAGGUGCUUGCGGCGUCACGGCAGAUCUGUAGCUUUUCGGCGAGUUCAGAUCCUAAAACGGGAUUGGUGACGAAAUACGAAAUACGGGCACGAGUUCAGAUACAAUAUGACACUAGUAGUAGCACAACUAGCACUUCUUCCAGUUCAGCUGAGGCAUCUUCUUCACCAUCACCAUCUUCUCCGGGAAUAAUACCCGAAAGUAGUUUACCCGGUGGCCAGAACUGGUGGUGGCGAAAAGCUGAGAUGCAGUCCUCUACUAGCUCUUCCCCACCGACUUCUGCACAGGAGCAUUCACCAUCUCCUCAGGAAAUCACAGGAAGGUAUCACGACUUCACUGAGUCUCUUGGAAAGCACUUUUUCAGCUAUCUGCAGGCAAAAGUUGCAGAGAGGACAAGGGGCAUGACUAUGACGCAGUCAGAUAGUACUAAAAGGACGAGGAGGACAGAGAGUACUAGUAGGAGAAGUAGUGCAGCAGAUCCUCAGAACAACAGACUGUUGUCAUCAACAACUCCAGGUAGCCUGUUGCCCUCAGAUCGUAACGUGACAAUACGUCGGGUGCAAUUGUACGAUAGGCCAGCUAAUGUGUUUGCGGUCUCAGGAACAUCCUCACAAU